UGGGACUAUAUGGCCGUAGUGCUAAUGUUGCGGUGCAGUAAAUGCCCGGGUUUCUACGGCGCUGGUUUUUGUGGUAUGGUCCGGUUGGGACUGAGAACCUGCGGGGUUAAAAUAGGGGGGAAUUGAAUUUAUUAUUGAUUAUACCAACUAGAGUUUUGAAUGAGUUCACGGAGUCCUGACUUUUCACCGUGGCUUUUGUGCCGACAUGAGGUUGUAUUUAGACGCCGUUUUCCUUGCGGCCUCAUCACCAAACGUUGACCGCGUUUUCCUUCGUACCCCCGCUGAGAGUCCUGUGUGACCGCUCUGUGGAUGAAGUGACAUGCUGCUUUAUUUUGGCGUGCAAGUCCUGUCAGCAAGGGCGAAACAGUCUGUAGACCCAGAAUCUCUGUCUCAGAUGGCACUUCAGGGUUGAAUUCUGUGCCACUUAGCUCAGAGAUGGCUGCUGAAGUGCCUCAUUGUUGCAGCUUCAUAGCUCUUCCCUAAAUAAACAAGUCUAGCACAUGGUGGUUUUGAUAAAUCUGUGACAGCAGAGGCUCCAUCAUCCAUAAAGGCGUCCCUUGCUGUCUCAGGAGUGAAGUGAGAAGUGACGUGGUUGGCGACAGGCCUGGCACCGAGCUGCCAUGGAGACCAAGCAGGAACCCUCUGCUGUGUGGAGUCAGACUGCUAACAGUGAUUCAGGGAACGCCACACAGGUGCAUUUUGAAGGCAGCACAGUGGCCCAGAUAGUGUACAGUGGAGAUCAGGCGGACCGGGGACAGCAGCAGGUGGUUUAUACUGCAGACGGGAACUCCUAUGCCUCUGUAGAGUCUGCAGAGCACACACUGGUCUACAUACACCCUGCAGAUGGCACUCAGGCUGUAUUUGGUGAUCAGCCACAAGUGGCUUACAUUCAGCAGGAUGGUACAACUCAGCAGGUCACAGUUUUGCUGCCCAGCGGACAGAACAUGAAUGCUGCCAAUCUGCAUGUCCUGAGUAACGUAGCAGAAGCUCCACAAGCGAUCCUGGAGCCAGUUUCCCAGGAGCAGCUGUCUGUGUCCAAUUCGCUCACCUCCAUGGCGGACAUCGCAGACCCCCCCUCCAGUCCUCUUGGGGCCACAGACUCCACAGAUGAUUCUGAUGAAGAAGAGGACGAAGACUCUGAGAUGGAUGACUGGGAGCCUCGCCAGCCUCAGUCAUUCAACCCUCACAACCUCUGGUGUGAGGAGUGUAAUAAUGCCAGCCCCACAGUCUGUCUGAAACACGGUCCUCUGCACCCCAUCCCAAACCGGCCAGUGGUGUCCAAGGCCCGGGCCAGUCUGCCUCUGGUCCUGUACAUUGAUCGCUUCCUGGGUGGGGUGUUCUCCAAGAGGCGCAUCCCAAAGCGCACACAGUUUGGUCCUGUGGAGGGACCUCUGGUUCCUCAGAGUGAGCUACAGGACCACUACAUUCAUCUGAAGCUGUGUCUGCUGGACACAGAGAAAGAUGGAGAGAAGUCUAACGACAUGUGGUUGGACCUUUCUGAUGAGGACAACUGUAACUGGAUGAUGUUUGUGAGGCCUGCUCAGAACCACCUGGAGCAGAACCUGGUGGCCUAUCAGUACGGCUCAGAGAUAUUUUUCACAACCAUCAAGAACAUCCAGCCUAAACAAGAGCUCAAGGUGUGGUACGCAGCAUCAUAUGCAGAGUUUGUAAAUCAAAAGAUCCAUGAUGUGACGGAAGAAGAGAGAAAAGUGCUGCGGGAGCAAGAGAAGAACUGGCCUUGUUAUGAGUGUAACCGCCGCUUUGUGAGCUCUGAACAACUGCAGCAACAUCUCAACAUGCAUGACGACAAGUUAAACUCUGCUAAUAGAUCCAGAGGCCGGGGUCGAGGAAGAGGCAGGAAGAGAUUUGGGACAGGAAGAAGACCGGGGCGGCCUCCUAAAUUUAUACGUUUGGAUCCACCAGUUGACGCUGGUGGGGACAAGACAACAGAGUUGCUGGAACUGACAGAGAAGCAGCCGCUGGACGAGCGAGUGGAGGGAGCUCAGAAUGGGCUGAAGGUGGUGGAGAUGGAGCCGGAGGCAGAGCCUGGGACUGAGGUUGAGGGUCAGCUAAUACCUCCUGCAGGGGAACCGGGCCCAGAGUCCAUAACUCCACCAUCCAACACAGAGUUGGCAAUUCCGCUGAAGGAAGACCCAGCACAGAGCAGCCAAUCAGACGCCCACCUCACAUCUCAGGACAUGCGCCGUGCCAAGAGGAUACGGAAUGCAGCACUGCAGCACCUUUUCAUCAGGAAGAGUUUCCGUCCUUUUAAAUGCACCCACUGUGGGAAGGCCUUCCGGGACAAAGACAAGCUGGAUCAGCAUCUGCGGGUCCACGGUCGGGACGCCUACGCCUUUUCCUGCCACAUUUGCAGCAAGAGCUUCAUGAGCGACGCGGCCCUGGAGGACCAUCUGCUGGUGCACACAGAAAACCGCUCCUACUCUUGUCUCUUAUGCCCAGAAACCUUUGAAAGGCUGGACCUGCUCAAAGACCACGUAGGGGUGCAUGCUGUGGACGGCUGCUUCACGUGUCCCUCCUGCAAGAAGACCUUUACUGACUUCAUCCAGGUGAAGAAGCACAUACGCUGCUUCCAUUCGGAGAAGAUCUUCCAGUGCCCAGACUGCGAAAAGGCCUUCUGCCGGCCGGACAAGCUGCGUUUGCACAUGUUACGCCACUCAGACCGCAAGGACUUCCUGUGCUCAACAUGUGGCAAACAAUUUAAGAGGAAAGAUAAGCUGCGGGAGCACAUGCAGCGCAUGCACAAUCCUGACAGAGAGGCCAAGAAGGCCGAGCGGAUCCACCGCUCCAAGACCCUCAAACUGAAGGCACCCACCACUGACUUUGAGAGCUUCAUGUUCAAAUGCAGAGUGUGCAUGAUGGGAUUCAGACGCAGAGGAAUGCUGGUCAAUCAUUUGUCCAAGCGUCAUCCUGAGAUGCGUAUUGAUGAAGUGCCUGAGCUAACGCUGCCAAUUAUCAAGCCCAACAGGGACUACUUCUGCCAGUAUUGUGACAAGGUGUAUAAGAGUGCCAGUAAGAGGAAAGCCCAUAUACUGAAGAACCAUCCGGGGGCAGAGUUGCCUCCCAGCAUCCGCAAGUUGCGACCAGCUGCCCCUGGUGAACCAGACCCCAUGCUGAGCACGCACACCCAGCUGACUGGCACCAUCGCGACUGCACCGGUGUGCUGCCCACACUGCGCGAAACAGUACAGCAGCAAGACCAAGAUGGUUCAGCACAUCAGGAAGAAGCAUCCAGAGUUUGCCCAGCUCGCCAACACCAUUCAGGCUCCUUUGACAACAGCUGUGAUCAGCAGUGCUCCUGCAGUCAUCAGUGCAGAUGGUACCACAGCUGAGGCUGUAGUGACCACAGACCUGCUGACCCAGGCCAUGACGGAGCUUUCUCAAACACUGACCACAGACUACCGAACCGCACAGGGAGACUACCAGAGGAUUCAGUACAUCCCCGUCUCUCAGGCAGGAGGCAGCCUGUCCCAGCCACAGCACAUUCAGCUGCAGGUGGUGCAGGUGGCACCGGCGUCCUCCCCACAUUCGCAGCACCCGACAGUAGAUGUGAGCCAGCUGCAUGACCCUCAUGGAUACAGUCAGCACUCCAUCCAGGUACAACACAUCCAGGUGACUGAGCCCUCAGGCACUGGACAAGGUGCCACCCAGAUAACUGGUCAGCCUCUAAGUCCCACCGCCCAGCAGGCUGGUCAGGAGCUGAGCCCUGCCCAGUUGACCCCUGUCACCCUAGCUCAGAGCCACACCCUGCAGACCAGCAGCACCCAGCAGCAACAGGGGACCGUGCAGCACGCUUACAUACCUGGGAACUGGAACUACCGAGGUUAUUCGUCUGAGAUCCAGAUGAUGGCUCUACCUCACGCUCAGUAUGUGAUAGCUGAGGCCAGCACACCUGUUUCUGGAGUCAACAGCAACCAGGUGAAAACGACGCACUAUGUUAUCUCUGAGGGUCAGACCGAGCUGGAGGCGAAGCAGGCUGUUCCUCAGAGCACAACCCAGGCCCACACUGAACAUCUGGAGCAGCAGCCGACCAGUCAGCAAGCCACCACACAGUACAUCAUCACCACAACAACCAAUGGCAGUGGCACUAGUGAAGUUCACAUCACAAAACCCUGAACUGUACAGUGAUGAACUGUCAGAGACUGAUCCUGCAUGUAGACCUCAGAAGCUUGUACGCACAUGAAUGAACUAAUACAGUGUCAUAUGCCGAUGGAAACAGACGGAGAUAAAAUGGGGAGGAAUGGAUGACCAGCACAGUUUUAUGUGUCUGUAUGUUAGUAGAGAGAAAAAUGCAAUGUUUUGAUUUUGAACAGAAUAUAUAAAACAAAAACUAAACCGAAUACUUGUUUUGAAUACACAGAAAUGGAAAGUGUGGAAUUUUUCAGAAACAUUUACAGUGGAACUGUGAGGAACGUUAUAUCAAAAACAGGGCACCUGCACAAGUUUUAAAGUAUUCAACAUCCAAGAGAUCAUUUUAAGGUCUGGAAAAGGUGGAAGACUUUUGUUGCUCAGCCCUUAAACAGACAUGAGUGCCCAUUUUACAUAUUUGUAAAGUUAUAGAUAUUUCUUGAAGUAUAGUAUUUGUAAAUGAAAGUCUGGAGAGAAAUACAGAACUGAAAAAUAUGGGAAAAUACUGUACAAAACAAUCCUGAAAAACAGGUCACUAUGUUUUUGUCCAGUGUUAAGUACACUGGACACACACACCCUCUGCUGUGUUGUAUGUUUGCAUAUUGUCGCUGAUAUCUGAUGUAAUUUUUUGCCAACAAUUUCCUCUUUAAAAUGUCUCACACAUCUGUUUUUAUUCAUAUGCCGGAUCGUCUUGAUUUUCCCAAAAAAAUCAGAAUUUUUUUUUUUUAAUUCUACUUUUACAAGACUUGCCGAAUGCUGCCAAGGUCUUUGGGGGUCACUUAGUUAAGCAUUGCAUUUGGUUUUACAAGAUAAUACAGAGUUCUUAUGGAUAUAAUUGACCUUUAAACUUGUGGAAUAUUUUGUUUUUGACAUAUCUUAAAGGUAUUUGUCACAGAGUUAAUGGCACCUGGAAACUAUACUUGAAGAGUAGCUUGGCACCAGGCUGAAAAUCUCUAAUGCUCGGUGCGGUCAGAAAAUGUGCUCUGUUACACCUGCAACCACAUCCAGCAGUGAUGUGACAGGGUCCUGGAAAACAUCUGUACAUCACUGGAGCAAGGUGACAACUGGAGGGUAGAAAAGAUAAGAAUUUUACGUCAAAUACAAGAACAUGCGUUUUUAAAUGUGAUUUCUUCUGUUUCUUUCCCGGACACUAGUCAGUGCGAGAAGAAAAAUAUUGAUGUUUUCCUCAAACAAUUUUUCAUGUUGCGGUUAAGGUUUAAUCGAGAGCAGCACAGCCCCAUGGUUUGCUCUUCCCUUGGUGCCUGUGCAGACAGGUAAUGCGUGUUUUUUUAGAGGCUUAUUUUCCUCAGUGAUGUUAUGAAGACAGAUGACUAGAAAGUUAAAAAUAUGUUUUUAGUCCCUCAAGCGUUACCAAUGAAAUAUUUAAUAAUUUAAACAAAUUAAUAAAAAUAUUUAAUAUUAACAGGUUUGCAACUGAACAGAUCAGGAACUCAACAUGAUGCAGUGUUUAAGGUUGAUAUGGGCUUAUUUUACCGUAUUAAUCGGUUUAUUAACCUACAAAAAACUGAGUACUCAGAUUUGGGUUGGCACUGAAAGGGCAGCACAGUAUUUCAGGCUAAACAGCAGUGAGACACAGGGUCAUUCAGCACAUCUCACGUUUCCUUCGCAGUUAAGUGAAAAUGAACUUCAGCAGCAAGAGUUCAUAACAAUCAUCUGUUUUACUUAUAUGUUAAUUAGCAUCUGGUGCUGGAGAUUACCUUCUGUGUGUUACAGUACUUUGAAGUACAUAAUGUUUUCGAUUUUCAUUAAGUAUUUGUACAUAAAAUAUCUCUCAGUGGCAACACAUUUUAAAACAGGUCAUUGUAAAUUGUUGUUGAUGUGCCCAUUAUUUAUACUGCUCUAUGACAAUAGACUUGUAAAAUGUAAAAUAUAG